AUGCAAACCAGCAGCUCUCAAAAGUGUGGUCACCAGAACAGCAGCAUCAGCAUUACCUGGCGUCUUUUGGAAGAACUCUGGGAGCGUUUUAAACAUUUCCUCCAGUUCAGAACUUCCAAAGUUAUGUCUUUUGCCUUGCAGAAAUUUUAUAUUUUCACGUAUUCAGAUUUAAGCCUCCCUUCGAAAUUAACAGCUGCCGGAGUGAUCACUGGACUAAAGGAUAAGAGCCGGGCCCCAAUCUCUGCCAAGCUUGUUUCAAAUAUGCUGUCUAUAGCAGGCGCAGAUCAUAUCAUCACGAUGGAUCUACAUGCUUCUCAGAUUCAGGGCUUUUUUGAUAUCCCAGUAGACAAUUUGUAUGCAGAGCCAGCUGUCCUGAAGUGGAUAAAGGAGAAUAUCUCUGAGUGGAGAAACUGCACGAUUGUCUCCCCUGAUGCGGGUGGAGCUAAGAGAGUGACCUCCAUUGCAGACAGAUUGAAUGUGGACUUUGCCUUGAUUCACAAAGAAUGGAAGAAGGCCAGUGAAGAAGACCGAAUGGUACUAGUGGGAGAUGUGAAGGAUCGUGUGGCUAUCCUUGUGGAUGACAUGGCUGACACUUGUGGUAUAAUCUGCCAUGCAGCUAACAAACUUCUCUCAGCUGGAGCCACCAGAGUUUAUGCUCUCUUGAUUCAUAGGAUCUUUUCUGGCCCGGCCAUUAGUCACAUCAACAGUGCAUGCUUUGAAGCAGUAGUAGUCACCAGUACCAUACCUCAGGAGGAUAAGAUGAAGCACUGCUUCAAAAUACAGGUGAUCGACAUCUCCAUGAUCCUUGCAGAAGCCAUCAGAAGAACUCAUAAGGGGGAAUCUGUCUCUUACCUAUUCAGCCAUGUCCCAUUGUGAUAGAGAAAUGUUGGGGUUGUUGUAUUUUAAAUAAAAUAAGAUAAAA